GAGGUGUCGCUCAGGAAGUUAGCUUAAUGACUAACUUACCAAUCAUAAAUCUGCAAACUCAACUUAACGCUAUGCAUACUCAACUUAACGCUAUACAAACGACCUUUGAUCGUUUUAAUAUUAUACUCGAUCGUAUGAAUACUAUGCUGCAAGCAUUAGACAUGCGAAGUUUUGCCAGAGCGUUAAACUCACGUGUUAAUGAUCCAACUGCAGAUAUUCAACCACUCCCAAACUUACAAAAUCAGACCCCGAACACUUUUCCAGAUAACAUAUCGCAACUUCAUGGAUUAACCGGGGCAUCUAUAAACACUCUCUUAAGUUUCUACGGUCUGCCAAGUCAUGGAAGACUGGAAGAACGACGAAAGAUUCUAGCACAGUAUAUUGGAAUUAAACUUCUUUAG